AAUGCAGGUCAAUAAGUUAGGGUUUCUUCAUUUCAAUUGCGCCCCUCUUAAAACCCUCACAAUACCUCCAAACGCACUCUCUCUUUCUCUCUCCUCUUUUUUCCUGCUCGGAGGCGCUCUCGACGAUCUCUUUCUUCUCGUCACGCCGUAUUGAGCAGCUAUGGUGAGGGUCAGUGUGCUAAAUGAUGCUCUCAAGACAAUGUAUAAUGCUGAGAAACGGGGGAAACGUCAGGUCCUCAUCCGGCCCUCAUCCAAAGUGAUCAUUAAGUUUCUUAUCGUUAUGCAAAAGCAUGGUUACAUUGGUGAGUUCGAAUAUGUUGAUGACCACAGAUCUGGAAAGAUUGUUGUUGAGUUGAAUGGAAGGCUGAACAAGUGUGGUGUCAUUAGUCCUCGUUUUGAUGUUGGUGUCAAGGAGAUUGAGUCAUGGACUGCUAGACUUCUUCCUUCAAGACAGUUUGGAUACAUUGUGUUGACUACAUCUGCUGGUAUAAUGGAUCAUGAAGAGGCAAGAAGAAAGAAUGUUGGAGGCAAAGUGCUUGGUUUCUUCUAUUAGGAGUAAUCUUUGUCGUAAUGCUGCGAUGUUUUAAGUUAUAGAUAUGAGCUGUUUCUUAGUGUAUUGUGAAACAUAGUUACCAGGGCUCAGGUUUGAUUUUAAUUUGGGAGAGCUUUUAAGUGUUUUUGAUAUUAAUGUAGGCACUAUUCUCAAAUUUUGCUAUUAUGCCUUCUUUUUGCGGUUGGAUUUGAACCUUUUCUAUACUCUCCCAAAUCUUUUGGAAUUUGCGAGUAAUUUGAGAAGCACAAUUUUCCUUCUAGGAAUGGGAGUGAAACUGUCGUGAAAGAUAUCUUAAUUUAAAUCGAAUCUGUCUAUUUCAGAUUCUCAGUUCCUUCUA